UGAACCCUGAUUUUGUUAAUGUAAAGUAACAUGAUACCAGCAGCGUUAAGUAUAGUAUUUAAAUUUGAGGGUGGGACGUUACGAAAACAUUUUGAUAACACCUUUUACACGGAUUCAGUUCACCUAGAGAUAAUUAUAACAGAUUUUUUGCGGGAAUUAAUUUGGCAGCAGUCGAACUAUGUCAGGAAAGGAAAAUCUUUCCCAACAAGAUUUGACCACCUCGACGUUUUCUGUCUCUUCAAAUGACGUGUACAGAAACAAUUAUAGUGGUAAAAGUAAUGGAAAAGCGGGAAAGAGCGCCACACGUGCUAUAUUAUGCUCUCUCUUCGUAUGCCUCCUUGCCAUAAUUGCAUUAGCUGUAACCCUAGCGAUUGUUGUGACAAAAAAGGUUGACGAGAAAAAUGAAACACCUAGAGCUACUCCAGAACCUGGAUCUGGGUCUCAAACCGGAGACGGAAGUGGCAAUUGCCCGGACACAGGCAAUACAGGAAGUUCAAACGAAGUUUGUACGACACCAGACUGUGUACAAGCAGCUUCUAAUAUGAUGAAAUCCAUGGACAUGACAGUCGAUCCUUGUGCAGAUUUCUUUGAAUACGCAUGCGGAGGAUGGACAAGAUCUCACGUUAUUCCAGAAGACAAGGCUGUUCUGGGAACUUUUUAUACGCUCAGGGACGAUGUUGAUAUAAAGCUUAAAGCUGUGUUGGAACAACCUAUUGCUGCCGGAGAAUGGAUAGCAAUUACAAAAGCUAAACAGUAUUACCAGUCUUGUAUAAACCUGACUGCCAUCGAAGAUAUGAAUCUGACAGAACCAAUGGUGACAGUAAAUGAAUUAGGAGGAUGGCCUGUCAUAUCAUCAAGCUGGUCUGAAUCUUCAUUUAAUUUGGAAGAUGUUUUACUCACAACCAGAAAGUACACAAACAGUCCACCCAUAUUCGAUUCAUAUGCUUACACCGAUUCUAAAAAUCCAGAUGCUCGUAUUCUAUAUGUUGACCAACCAGGGUUCGGGAUGCCAAACAGAGAAUAUUAUCUUAAAGGAAGGAACGAUAAAACGUUAUUGGCAUAUGAAAAAUUUGCUACAGAAAUGGCUGUUAUGUUUGGUGCUAACGAAGCGACGGCCAAAAAUGACAUGAAAGAUAUGGUCGACUUUGAAAUUAAACUUGCUAAUAUAUCAUUACCAUCAGCAGAACGAAGGGAUGAAGAUAAAAUGUACAACUUGCGGACUAUACAAAAUAUAUCGAGUUCUUCCCCAGCGAUUGACUGGAAUAAAUAUUUCACACAUCUGUUAAAGAUUAAUGGUUUAGAUAUAACAUUAGGUUCAGGAGAAAACAUUAUCAGCAGAAACCCAGAAUAUUUACGCCUCUUGUCGGGUAUAUUAACAGACACACCAAAAAGAACUGUUGCUAACUAUAUUGUAUGGCGAUAUGUCGCACGACUACCUAAUGCCCUGCCAGAACGUGUCCGUGAUAUUCAGACAAAAUACCGCAAAGCUCUAGUAGGAACAGCUCAGGUUGAACCACGAUGGAAAACAUGUGCUGGUGCAGCAAACUCUAAUUUUGGAUUAGCUGUUGGCAAUCUUUUCAUUGAUAAAUAUUUUGGUGCUGAAGCAAAAGUUGAUGUUGAAAACAUGAUAAAACAACUUCGUGUAGCCAUGAAAGAACUUAUACAGAGCAAUGACUGGAUGGAUAUGGCAACCAAGGAUCUAGCUAAAGAAAAAGCUGAUUAUAUUAAGCCAAGAAUUGGAUACCCAGAUGAAGUGGAUUUGGAAUCUAAAGUAAACAAGGAAUACGAAAGGUAUAUGGGACUUCCAAACUGUUCCCUUUGUUUUGAAGGUAGUGAAGUCAGCAACUGUAGUUUCAGUUUAAUGAAACACAUCUUUAGUGUGCGACAUUUUCAUUUGUUUAUUCAGAUUGAUGUUACUAGCGAUGACUUUUACAAAAACACCCUCAGUAUAUGGAUUAAUGGUGUAACCAAAAACAUAAAGGACCUCAGGGAACCAGUUGACAAAAACAAAUGGAGCACUCCACCAGCAACUGUUAAUGCAUUCUAUGAUCCACAAACGAAUCAGAUCAUGUUUCCAGCUGGGAUUCUUCAACCACCAUUUUAUCACAGAAACUAUCCAGAUUAUCUUAAUUAUGGUGGCAUUGGAUACGUAAUUGGCCAUGAAAUUACUCAUGGAUUUGAUGACUCAGGUAGAAGGUAUGACAAACAAGGGAAACUUAACCAAUGGUGGACCAAUACAGCCAUAAACAAUUUCAAAUCAAAAGCUGAAUGUAUACAAAAUCAGUACGGCAAUUAUACUGUGGAGGCAGCUAAUAUGAAACUAAACGGAAAAUUGACACUUGGAGAAAACAUAGCAGAUAAUGGUGGAAUUAGAGAAAGUUUUAAGGCAUACAGAAAACUUGUUGCUACCAAACACAAGGGUAAAGAAGAAAAACCUCUACCUGGAAUGGAAUUUUCACCAAACCAGUUAUUUUUCUUGAAUGCUGCUCAAGUAUGGUGUGGAAUCAUUAGACCAAAAGAGGCAGUCAGAAGAAUAGUUGUAGAUUCUCACAGUGAUGCUCGUUCUAGAGUCGUUGGACCUCUACAGAAUUUUGACGAAUUCUCCAAAACAUUUAAUUGCCAAGCAGGAACCUACAUGAACCCUGCAAAGAAAUGUGUGAUUUGGGGUUAAAGUGCAUUGAUCAUCAUGCAGUACCUGCUAAAACAUUUUGAGUGAUUAUCGAAUUAUAGCAUUAGUUUGCGAAAGGACAUUCAUAUGGUCUGAUUGUUAUUUUGUUUUAUCAUUUUUAUAUUUUCAUACAUAGCUAAUAAACUUCACACCCAUUCUUGCAGAUCUAUUUUUUUUCAAUGCGAUUUUUAAUUUGCAUUUCCUCCGAUAAUCUUUAAUGUAUAUAUACACAUGGUAUUAUUCCUUCUUGUUGAACUUUAUACGAUAUCCAACGUUUCUUUUUUUUCUUCAAACUUAUUUGAAACUCAGACAGAAAAUGUUAGAGUUUCGAAUUUUCAGUAAAUGUUUUAAACGUAAUAUUUUGAGUUUGGAAAACUCGUUCUCUGUUUUAAUCUUCCAUUUUGAUACUUAUCAUUUUCGUAUUUAUAUACAUACAUAAAUAUACAUAUAUAUAUAUAUGAUGUGUGCGUUUUAUUUUAUAAAUAUUAUCAUAGGGUCAUUGCACUUUCAGUGAGAUAAUCCCCCAGAUGAGUACACCAUACACCACGUGAGCUUGCAAAAGUAAUAUAAUAUACUGAUCGCGACAAUAUUCUUCCGCAUUAGUGUAAUAACACUUUAUUUAAAUAUAGUACUAAAUAUUUCAUAAAAAAUGUUGUAAUUUAAUCCAAAAUCUGCAUCUUUAAUGUCUGACAUAAAGCAAGAGCCAAUGACCAUAUGUAAGUAUGAAAUGGAAAUUGGGUAUAGAUGCAAUAUUUGUAAUGUGUCUGGAAAUCUCCUUUGUGUAAGUUGUACUUAUAAAGAAAGAUUAAUUAAGCAUAUUGGUAAAUAUUUCAAUUUUAUUUUACCAAAACGUAUAUCUGAAAUAUUUGAUGCUUUAUUGUAAUGUUUAAUAUUGAUGACGGAGUAUACAAUUAUUAUUAAAAAAAUUAUGAUGCAAAAGUAACAAAAAGGUCCCAUGAUAAUUAUCCAAUUAUAUAUUGUGUUGUAAAUAUCAAGCUGAGUGUUGAUUUAUUGUUUGUAAUUGCUGAACAUAUCCAAGAAUUUAUGAUUUGAUAAUUGACAUAUAUUUUAUAAAUAUGAACUAUUCAGUGUUCUGUUUUAGAUCUGAUAUUAUGUGUUAACAUUUACGUUUAAAUAAAUUAAAUCAUUAUUAA